UGGACUAGAAUUGGAGAAUCAUGUGCAUGUCUCCCAGUUGUCUCCUCCCAGUAAUACUGCACGAAGCUGAGAUGAACCUUCCUCGUUAACAUGCAGCUGGUCUCGUUAACCUAUAUAAACUUCUCCGGCCGAGAGAUUCACUCAUCACACAAGUGGUCUAUCUUCCACUUCCUCCCAAAGAUUUGCUAUAUCUUCUCCGAAAUGGCUUCUUUCCCGGUCUCCAAAACAUGCAUUGCGGUACUAGUUUUAGUGAGCUUGGCACAGGUGAGCAUGGGCUCAAGGAAACUUGCCAGCUUGGUGCAACAGGCAUCAGACCUCCUCACGUACCACAACGGUGAAGUGAUGCAAGGUGACAUCGCCAUCUCGAUCACCUGGUACGGGACGUUCACCCCAAUCCAGAAGUCCAUCAUCUCAGACUUCCUCCUCUCCCUCACACCGAGCUCCCAAACCCAACCACAGCCAUCAACGCCUUCUGUCCGCCAGUGGUGGAACACCAUCGAUCGGCUUUACUUGGAGAAAGCUGGGAAGAGGAAGAAGAAGACUAACGUUGUGUUGGCCAACCAAGUGUCGAACGACAAGUGUUCCAUGGGCAAGUCCCUCAAGACAUCCCAGAUCCCCGAGUUGGCGGCCGAGGCCGGUCCGAAGAAGGGCGGGAUCGCGCUGGUGUUCACGGCCGAGGACGUCGCGGUCGAGGGCUUCUGCAUGAGCCGGUGCGGCCUGCACGGUUCCGACCGGAAGACCGACUCCGUCUACAUCUGGGUGGGCAAUUCGGCGGCCCAGUGCCCGGGCCAGUGCGCGUGGCCCUUCCACCAGCCCGCGUACGGGCCGCAGACGCCGCCGCUGGUGGCGCCCAACGGCGACGUCGGGGCCGACGGCAUGGUGAUCAACCUGGCGAGCAUGCUGGCCGGCGCUGUCACCAACCCUUUUGGCGACGGCUUCUUCCAGGGGCCGAGGGAGGCCCCGCUGGAGGCGGCUACGGCGUGCCCCGGGGUGUACGGGAAGGGAACCUACCCGGGCUACGCCGGCGGCCUGCUCGUGGACCCUAUCACCGGGGCCAGCUACAACGCGAACGGGGUCCACGGGCGGAAGUACCUGGUGCCGGCACUGUUCGACCCGUCGACGUCCACUUGCUCCACGCUGGUUUAAGAGGAUGAUGAUGACGUUUCGAGUGAUGUGCCCUCGGAUCAAUGUCUAUUCUUUGAUUCAUUUCUCUCUCUCUCUCUCUCUCUCUCUCUCUUGGGAAGCUCGACAACAUGAAAUAAAUAGCAUCAUAAGCAAUGAAUAAUUUAUGCGGGUUUUGAUUGA